ACGCCGAUCUUGACGCCCGCACCGUUACGUAACACUACGUCUAAACUCACGCCACAGCUCAAACUCAUCGGUUCUCGUACACUCUCGUUACAAACAUUACUAUCACCUGUACGUGAAUAAUAAAGAUGCGUGUCGCAAGCAGCCGUUAAUUAAGUCGAUCGGCAGCAGGCACCCAAAUAAUUGCCGUGAAGCAAGCUCAUACAGGGCUGCCCGCGUCAGGCACCCCGUCAAUUAGUGGCACCUGUCGGACACGCGCUGCGCAUUAAUUCGUGCUCGCGAUAAGUGAGCCCGCAAAAAAUUCCAAAAUAAACUUGAACCGAUGCACCUGCGGCAAUCUGCGGCCGAAGCGGAACUGUCACAGUGAAGGAGCCCGGUGCACCGCGAGCAGACCGUGGUCGCGGCAGUUCUGGGCCUGCCCGCCGAUAUGAUCAUGCUAUUCAAAGGCAACAGCAGCAGGUUGGAGCAUCUGAUAGAGAAGAUACAGGCCAACAAAGAAAAUCACGACGUAAUUCCGGACGACAUAAAAGAGGCACUGGGUAGCGUAGGCAGUACGGCGGGCAGCUCGUGGCCGUCGUCGACGCCAGAGCCAUCGCCGUCACCUGUCUCCACGCCUACUUCGGCUGACGCUGCCGACGCUGCUGACGGCGACGUAGAACCGCCCUUCACCCUCGGUGUCACAGAGCACACGCCCUAUCAAUGUCAGUUCUGCGAAAAAGCUUUCCCUAGAUCUUCAUAUCUUAAGAAACAUGAACAGACACAUUCGGAUCAACUUCCUUUCCGUUGUGAAUUCUGCACGCGGCUGUUCAAACAUAAACGCUCACGAGAUCGUCAUGUGAAACUUCAUACUGGAGAUCGCAAGUAUCGCUGUGCACAUUGUCCUGCUGCCUUCUCUAGAAGUGAUCAUUUGAAAAUCCACAUGAAAACGCACGACAAUCAGAAGCCGUUUCAGUGUACGGUAUGUAACCGGGGUUACAAUACGGCGGCUGCGUUAACUUCUCACAUGCAGGGCCACAAACGUGAUCGCGAGGGUCGGGAACCUGAACGACGUCGCGUAUUACGCUGUUUGCGCUGCGGCGACGCCUUCCGACGUCCAGAUCUGCUCCAGGCUCACAUGGUAAAUGCGCACGGCGUCGAAACAGCAGCUAUGACUCCACCUCGACGAGUAGCAUCACAGCCACCGCCCACCCUUUUAGCUUGCAUAUACUGCACUCGUGAUACGUUUACCAGUAUGGAACAGCUACAAUUACAUGUUCGUGCUGCCCAUUCUGCAUUGUUAAACGGCGAGACGCCAUUACAAACUGUGGACCAACCAGCACCCACUGAUCUUAGUAGACGGGCGCCAGAGGAAGCAGUGCCGCCCGUCAAGCGACCGCGUUCUGGAUCUGGUACACCACAAACAGCAUUGUCACCGAAUACCCUGCUGUGCAAUCAGUGCGGUGCUGCACUGCCUGAUUUUGAAGCAUUUCGGGAGCAUCUAAAAGGUCACUUGGAAGAGGGUGGUGAGCUGAGUCGGUCCAGUCCAGCUCCGUGUCUGCACUGUGGGGCAACGUUCGCCGAUGCUGCGGCUUCAGAACGUCACCUGGCAUCUUAUUACCUAGCUAUCUCCUGCGAAUACACAUGCCACAGCUGCGCUCGCACAUUUUCAGCGCCAGAUGAUUUACAAAAGCAUCUUCUUGAUAUGCAUUCACAGAAUUUAUAUCGAUGUGCCUUGUGCAAAGAGAUCUUCGAUUCGAAAGCGGCUAUUCAGGUUCAUUUCGCGGUGGCACACAGCGGUGAGAGUAAGGUGUGGGUGUGCCGGUCAUGCGGCGGCGGCGCGGGAGCGCUGCGUUCAGAGGCGGCGGCAGCGGCACAUGUGCGCACACGGCACGCUGCCCCGCGAUGCGGAUGCGGGGCCACUCGUGCGCCCGCGCACCGACCCUAUCGCUGUCCCGCACCUGCCUGUGCGCACACCUUCGCCGUGCACUAUUUGCUCGAGCGCCAUCUGCAGACGCAUCAUGCGCCGCCGCAGGCUUUAAAUGGAGAUAUUGCGCGGGUGAAACGUGUAGAAAACAACAACGCCAAUGAAGGCAUUGAUGGCGAGUGUUCGCCCUGUACUACAGCCCCGGAGGGUAACGCAAAUGGAACCGGCGUAGUUCCUGAAGAGCGACGGCGUAAGAACGGUGCAGUGGCGCUGCAGUGCGCGUACUGCGGCGAGCGCACGCGCAGCCGCGCCGAGCUUGAGGCACACACGCGGGCGCACUCGGGCGCCGCCACCGCCAGGCACAAGUGCCUCAUUUGUGAUGAAGUGUUACCCUCCGCUGGGGUGUUGGCUGAACAUAAACUUACUCAUUGCAAGGUUGUGGCUGGAGACACGUGCGCAAGGUGUCGUGCGAGACUACCGUCCGAAGAGUCAUUUCUCACGCAUAUGGCGCGCCAUCAUCCCGCACUGCCUGCGCCAUGUGUCGUCUGCAGGCAGACUCUUGCUUCCGAGGCAGAAGCACGACUUCACGCGAGAUUUCACUUACGGCCCGCCGAAGACGAACAAAGAUGUGCUAUAUGUCUUAGAGCGUUGCCUGAAGGAGAAUCAGGAGAGGGCGCUCGUGCAUGUUCUGCAUGCUACGCACGUCAUGCCGCGCCACGACCACCGCCUCCAGCCGAUCACGAUUGUCGUUUAUGCCGUCGAGCCCUCGGCUCCCCUACUCGACUACAAGCGCAUCUCAUUGAGCACACUUUCGCUGGUAUAGAUACUUUUACUUGUUACUUAUGUCGGGCAGUAUUCACGAGUGCUGUAGGUUUACAACGGCACUUACCUGAACACGCUGAUGUCCCGAGACCUUUUGAUUGUGGCCGCUGCGGUCUAAAAUUUUUUUUCCGUGCAGAGAGAGACAACCAUGCUUUCGUUCACCUCGAAGAAGCAGAAAUUGCUCAGAGGGCUUUCUAUGAAGCAUAUGCUAGAGGUGCAGCAUCGGCAUGGGCUGCGUUAGCUCCACCGGAAUCUUCACAGGUUACUACCCCUACUACGGUAGAAGUGAAACAAGAGCCUGAGGUAAAGGAGGAGCGGAAUAAUGACGAGUAUAUUGAGGUAUCGUCUCCUCCUCCAGCUGCACCUGUUCCUCCCCCACCUGUCAAUGAAUCGCCUCCAGCAGUAGUAAAGCAAGAAAAACCCGACGAUGAUUAAAUGGGUUUGAACAAGAACGUUAUCGUCCGAUACGCGGGAUUUGUUCCGCUGCAAUACUAGAUUACGUCCCAGCUAAUGUUAGUUAUAUAAUUAUUACUGAUGUCGUUGAAGUUUUUGCGUUUAGAACGCCAUGUCUCUUGUAUGUAGAUAAUUCGUAUGUUAUAAUUAUUUAUCAUUUAUAUUGUUUAGAAGUCGUAUGUUUUGUAAAGUUUAC